ACAGGUUUAUCUCGUGUGCACGUAGCUGCCAUUGUGUUUCUAUGAGAACCUGAAGUUAAUUACUAUGAUUUACUGCUGAUUAGAGAGCUGUAGAGAGAUUUUGCCAUUACAUUACCACUCACUGCCAGAAACCCGACUGUGGUUUCCAGGGAAACUGGAAAUGUGAAGCUUUUCAAUAGACACAGCCACAGCCUAAAGAGCGAGGAUUGCCUAAGAUAGAUUCUUCUAGAGACAAACCUGUAGCCACUGCAAUCAGCAUCAAUCACCGGGGGGAGAUGCACGGACAGAUGUUUGUCGCAAUCGGUGCUGAGAUUUGCAAUGUUUGACCCAAAUCUGAAGAAGAGUUGUGGAGUGGCUUCAGCCUGACUUUAGACUGCUGAGGUAAUUCUAGCCCUUUAAUGCGGAGACAGAAUGGGAAGCCUUAAGGAUGAGAUGAGAGGUGUCACAGAGGACCACCAGCCUUGCGAGAAGACGGAUAAUGGGGGGCGUCCGGGAGGCUCAGAUAGCACUGCUGCGCCUGAAGGACCUCAACUGUACAGGAGUCAAGAGUCAGCCACUCAAGGGGACUAUCAGCCGGCACUACAGGGGAAUGUCAGCUCUGUUGAGGAGAAAGAGAAAAACCUAAUAUCUAAAGAUCAAGUGCUUUCAGGGGGGGAUUAUGGCAAUGCUGACCUAACAGACACUGAACGAGUUAAAAACUGCACACAGAUCGAUGCCAUGCCUGCAACGGAAGAGCACAAUAAAACAACGACAGCAGCUACAAAUAACGAUGCAAAAGUGACGAUCAAGUUUCUGAGUGAUGGAGAUGGAAAACCUGAAAUUCAAGAGGAAAACUUUGAAGAUCAAAAUCUCAACAGAGGAAAAGAUGCAGGAAUUGAGAAAAUCUCAGUUGCUGUCCCAUCAACUCCAGACCCUUGUGACCCACGCUCCCCAGCCCCUUUUGGGCAGCACCACAUGCGCACACAGGUGAGCCUCGAGGUGGUGCAGUGCUGCUCGGCAGCAACCAGCCCCAUGACUCCUCCAGAGGGCAGCCAUUCCUUCUUCUUCCCAAGUUCUUUUGGGAAACCUCAAGCCGUGGGCACUGACACUAAAGAUGCAGAGUUGCAGGUUGGUCAGCAAGUGGAGUUCUGCUCUGUCGCCACAUCCCCCAUGACCCCAAAAUCCCCAUAUAGCAUGGCUUUCCAAGAGGUUAUCGGGAGAGAGCCAGUGCAAAGGGAUGAGAAAGUGAAAAAGAAUGAGGAGCAGAGGGAGACUGGUCAGCAGGAGACAAAAGUUUCAGCAGAUGCUGCAUCAGAAACAACUGAAAGUUUAAAAUUUACUACAUCAAAGGAGAUGACUGAGAGUUCCACCAAUGGAGUGGAUGCUGAGUUAAUAGGCGCACAUGUAAGUGUGGAGGAUAGCAAUCAGCAGUGUAAGCAGCAGAGGAUGGGAAGUAUGGAUCAAGACAUUACAAUCUUGGUGACCCAGUAUGGCAACAAUGAGGAGGAAGAAACGGAUGAGGCUGAGUCGUUUUUUUAUUCUGUUGAACCGGAGAUGGUCAAAAUAGAUGAAGAUGAGGUUGGAGAAAGCUGCAGUGAUAUAAAGAGGAAGGAAGGAAAGGGAAAGUCCCUCAGUGAAAGUGUUCACGGGAGCACAAACGAUCCACAAAGUAAAGUACCUUCUGCUGCUGUCAGCCAACAUCCGAAAACAUGCACAGGAUCCGAGCAGUCAGAGGUCGAAGACAAAGAUGCACGUGAAGAAGAGAGAGUUGUUUCUGCAAAAAAAUCCCCCAUCCCUGAAUCACCGGCUCCCUUUGGCUGCCACAACAUCCGCACACAGGUGAGCCUGGAGGUAGUACAGUGUCAGUCUGUGGCCACCAGCCCCAUGACCCCGCCUGAGGGGGACCAGGCCUUCUAUUUCCCCACCUCUUUUGGAAAAUGUGGGGCUGUGGGCACAGGGACUAAAGAUGCUGAGCUGCAGGUGGGUCAGCAGGUGGAAUUUCGCUCUGUCGCUACCGCACCCAUGACCCCGAGAACUCCCACGAUUAUGACUUUCCCUCAGGUCAUGAAGGAGCCUAGUAUAGAGGAGAAGAUAGUGGAGGAGGAAGAGGAAAAUAAAGAAGAGGCAACAGAGGAGAAAGAGGAAAAGAAAGAGGAGGAGAAAGUAACCCAAGAGAAAAAGGUGGAGGGAGUUGAAGAGAACACAAAGGAGGAAAUAAACUGUAAGGAGAAAGAUGAGGAGAAAUGCGAGGAGCCAGUGCAGGAGGUGAGCUGGGAUGAGAAGGGGAUGACGUGGGAGGUGUACGGAGCUGUGGUGGAAGUAGCCGUGCUGGGCUCUGCCAUCCAGAAACACCUGGAGAAGCAGGUAAAGAAGCAGAAGAGGCAAUCCUCCAUGCCACCGCCUCCUCCACUCAACCCCUCAGCUACACCCCUGACCUCAGAGAUAGCCCAGGGGGGUUCAGGUAAGGGUCGUGCAGGGAGAAGAGGGGAGCAUGAUGGGAAAGCAGGCCGACGCAGAAGAAACCCCUUCCGCCUGCUGAUGGAGAACAUGCAGCAGCCACACUGUUGCUCCAGAGCUCAUACCACUGAGUGACAGGAGAGAAAGUUUACAUGGGAUCUGAUACACGUGGUUGUUAUCCAGUGCAUCCACUGAAUGACGUCGUCUCGAUGGUGUGAGAAAAAGAAGGACAAAAUUCACACCUUCACUCAAGACAAGCAAGCACAAAAGCAUUUAAUAUGAAGUUUGCACCGAGAAGCAUUAACCGCUGAGAAAGCAGCCAUAAAUUAUGAUUUCCCUUUUUAUCCCCCACACCCCCCCACCCUCGCUGAUUGGUAUCUUAUUCACAAAUCUCUCUGCACACACCGACAGAGUGAUGAUGGACGUUUGGGGAAAUGAGAGCGAUGCGUCAGCGUCAUCAUCAGCCUGGCUCUCCUCCUUUAGUGUUUUUUGCUGAAACCAUCCACUGACUCAUUUUAGCUGUUGGUGCUUUUUUUGUUGUUGUUUUUUCCACUCACCUCACACAAUGUGAAGCCAUGGCAACCAGCUUUUCUCCUGGUUGCUAAAAAGCUUGUUAAGCUUCGACAGAGAGCGAGAGAGAGAGAGAUGAUAGUGUAAUGACAGGUUUUGAGUGUGAUUUGUGACCUGGUGGUCUGGGGGAUAUUUAAAUCGAUUAAGUGUUGCCUUGAUCUCUUUGUAAGAGGAGUCUUUACUGUCAGUGCAGGCUUUUGUAUGUCUUAUAUAUUGCUUUAUAUUUGGCACAGUGUUUUGACUUGUUUGUAUUGUGAAAAGUGUAAAAAAAAAAAGAAGACAAAAAACAAAAAAACUGAUGACGCGUACAAUCACCUUUCGAGGAAAGUAAAGACUCCUGAUAUCAGGGUAUUUUUAGUCAUGAGUGCUCACAGUAUUUUGAUGCCAUAAUCUGUGAUCCUGUUGUAAAUUACGCGAAGGCAAUGAUUUUAAAUGUGUUUUAAACAAGCGGUUGUUACAGUGUCAGUGAAUGUCCGUGUUCACCAGCAUUAACUUCAGAUCCACAUUCGAAGGAUCAGAAUUUAUUCAUGGAUUGCACUUGUGUUACAUUCAUUUAGGUGUCAGUAAACAGUGAAUAAGCUUUUCAAUCUGCUGCUUGUUGGAAGUCACUCUGCAUGAGUUUUUUUUUUUUCUCUUCAUCAAGAAUUUCAUAGCAAACACUGACAAAUGAAACAGGGAAAGAGAGAGCGAGAUUUUGUCAGACACACAGUUUUAAAUAAUGGUUUCAUUCAUACACCGACAUUUUGAAACCUUUUUUGAAAUUUAUCUGUUUUCCUUGAUUUCUGUGUUGGCAUAACUUUAAGAAACAGUUUCUUUCAAAAGCAAUUCAAACCCUUUUUAAAUCACUGCUUAUUAUAAUAACAAAAAUAAAGUGAUUCACAUGUGCAUCGAGCAAGAA